CUAGCUUUUAAAAACCAAAUCGGCCACCAUUGUUGCGAUUGAAUCUUGUGCUAAGGUUUGUGAAGUUUUCAGUUUUCCUGUAAUAUUUAAUCGUUUUUGAGAUUGCACGUGAAGUGGUAUGAUAGUGAAUAAAAUGAAAUUCAAUAACAAAUCCUUAAAGUAACCUCUAGGGCAUAUUUUAAAACACUAAACGCGUUCAAAAUGUCACGCGAAGUGAGCAUCACAUCCGUGAGUACCAUACUUCGCUCGAACUCGAUGUGAUAUAUAUGAAAAUAACGUGACGAAAACAAUAAAUUAGUGUAGUAAUUAUAAUGCAACGAUUAUAACUGAUGUUGGUGCAUUUUGUGACAAGCGUGUGUCGAUGAAAACAUUUCAGAAUUUUCUGUACACGUCGUAAGGAAUCGCAGUUACGCGAGUGAGGUCUUGUAACUCGCCGGUAUCAUUAUGGUGGACUGAAGGAGUGUGGUGUACAAUAGGAGUUGAAUACGUCGUUACAGUGCCUCCAGGGCUUUGCGCAGGAUGUCCGGUGGCUCGCAACAUAACCCAAAUGGGAGGCAGUCGCAACUAGGGUCCAGUUGGAGUCCUUUACAGUUACAGGUGGCGAACCUGUUAGCGCGCGCGCCUCAAGCGCACAUGGCUUCAGAAAGGGGUGUCACAUGGCACACGCCCACUCCGCCUCCACAUCUCUAUCAUGUACCAGCGCCAUCGCCCCCUGAUCCUCUUCAAAUGAUACAAUUGCAGGCAAUGAAAGCGGGCGGCAACGCGGUAUUUCGCCACACGGCGACGCCGCCCGACCUCUACCGACAUACUCCUACGCCGCCGGACAAACAUCUCAUGAGACACACUCCAUCACCCGGUGAUGUGAAGGCUGGAUCCGGGAUGCCUCCAGCUGACUUGUAUCCACAUUUGGGUCCAGGGCGAGUUUCAGAAAAACUUGUCCGGGCAGAAGAAUUCUUAGCAUACGCCCGUGGAGGCGUGGACUUGACGGUGGGGUCUCGUGGGGCCAACGGGUCGCCCCAUGCCCCAGCUCUAUCUGUGAGAGAUGCCCCGACGAUAAACAGCCUCAUAGCCCGCGCAGCGCCACGUCCGUCUCACGCGAGGGUUGAUGCUCUCCUGGAGAGAUUGUCUGCCCCUGCCCCUUCGUCGCCUCAUUCUGUGAUUGUGCAUUCUAGGGCGGCCCCUACGCCUUCGCCCCCGUCUUCUAAUGAGGAUUCAGCCGACUCCUGUGGAGCUCCUCCAGGUUCAAAGCGGAAAAGGAAACCAGAACGCACGAUACGAGUACCCAUUCCACCUCCGCCGUCUGAUAUGCCUCGUCCUUUGACCAUACAAAAUGGAGACACUCACAACGGGCCCGAGAAACCAGUAAAACAAAAUGAACCAGAAAAACAGGAUAAACAAGACAGACCGGACAAACCACCCACCCCCGAAAUGCCAGAACCACACGCCAGAAGAAAAACCCGCUCCGACUCUUCAGAAACAAUAGACGAUAUCGCAGCCCUGAUAGCCAACACGGAGCGAAGAGAUAUCCCCACGGAACCCUUCCCGGAACCGGAAACGCCCAUCACGAUUGACAAACUCAAAAGUGUCCUAGCUAGUCCCGAACCGGAGAAAUCGCCAGUCAAAACACCCCCUAAGUCCCCACCUAAAUCCCCGCCGAAGUCGCCAAAAGAACAAAAAGAAAAAUCGACACCGAAAGAAGAAAUAGAACCGCCUCCGACGGCCGCUGCACCUAGACGCAGGAGCGCCAGAACAAACUCGGAAUCUACGAACGUUCCAGUGGAAUCACCCUCGGAGGCGAAACCGGCCGAACCCGAAGCCAGCGCAACGAAGAUGGCGGAACCCACAUCGGCGUUCGUGGAAGUCGAGAAUCAAAUGGAGAAAAUGUUUGGUGAUAUUGAGGAACCAGCUGAAUCUAAAGCUGAGGAGAAGGCUACUGCUAAACCGAAGAAAAGACGGAAAUCUGCACCAACGAAAGGAGAGAAAAAGGCCUCUAAGCGGUCUAGCAGGCGGUCGACGGGGGAUGAAGGGCCAAGAAGGAAGGUGGCGAGGAAAAAGGGGAUAAGUAAGAAAGAGGCUUUGAAGGAUGCGUAUGACUCGGGAAGUAAUGCCAGUUCCAGUCGGUCAAGGGGGCCUUACAUUCAGAUCGUAGGGCCACGUGACUCCCCAGUUUCAGUAGCGGUGGUCAACGCAACGGCGACGGAAGACGACAGACGUACGGCGGACGAAUGGCGGAACGGGCUCAAAGCUCGCGGACUUCACGCGAGUACUUUGGGACUGAGAUACGACGCCAGUACACCUGAUGCCUCGUGGCUUUGUGCCUUUUGUGAGAGAGGGCCCCACCACGCUGGCCUGGGAGACCUAUUCGGACCCUAUACGGUUGACACCACCUGUGAUGAAUUUAGAUCGCUAGACGAAUUAUCACAAACCCGAUUCCCUAGCGUGGAAGCGGGGGCAGAAGUUUGGUUCCACGAAGCGUGUGCCGUAUGGGCCCCGGGGCUCGUCGCAAUCGGCGCCCGAAUUUGGGGCCUCGCGCAAGCCGUUUGGGGCUCUCGGGCCUCAAAGUGCGCACAUUGUUCCACGUCCGGAGCGCCGAUUGCCUGCGCGACCAGAACUUGCCGUGCUAGGGCUCACCUGCCCUGUGCUCGCACAAACAAGUGGCAGUUGGACGAUGAGAACUUCAAGGCUGUAUGUCCUCGACACGCUUAGCACACUGCCCAAUAGUGAUAGUGUUACACCAGUGAUUAUGAAAGUGUUUGUGAAGUGAUUGAGAUCAAUUUUGGUGACCGUUUAAAGUGUAGAUUGGUUAGUCAUGCACUCGUUAGUGUUUUGGCCAGAACGUACCCACAAGUCUUUCAGUUUGUAUUGAAGCCCGAGUGUGAAUUUGACUGGUAAGAAAACAGAAUAGAUAUGCCUGUCCUGACCUGGAUUACGGAACAUCAGUAUUGACCUUUUAAAAUGAAAGUUUUAGGCUGAUGGAGUUUAUCAAUAACAAAUUUUUUAAGCCAACUAAAUGUAUUGAAGAUCUUAAAGAACUAAUUUUUAUGUAUUGUGGUCUGUAACGCAUUCAUUUCACCAACAAAUGGUCUCUCAGUACCUGUGUGACAGUCAUGCCUCAGUUACCGUAAUAAUCCCACUUAUAUAGUAUAGCAACUCGGUUCUUGUUUCAAGGGACCAAAAUUAACUUCCGAACACCUAAUCCCUUUAUUCUAGCAUUGGUUUCUAUGAAAUAUUCUUGAACCUUAAUUAGUAGCUUGUGCGAUUUAGUAUUUUAGCACAAAUUAUUUGUAACGGAUGAUAGAUCACAUGGAGUGGAUGCGGUUGUAAAUUCAAUUAGUUCAUUGAAUUGUUACAAUUUUGUAUAAAAUUUACAGUAUUUUAUUGAGCUGUCAAUACUCAAUCGCUUUUAAUGGUUUCAAAUUCUUUGAAUACUUUUGUAUCUGAAAUUGGAAUCUCUCAUAAAAUAUAAAUCAUGUUUCAUUCGAGUAAUUUUGCCAAAUAAUUCUUACCGAGAUGGAGAAUAAAAUUGAUAUAACCAGAGGUGUUCUGAUGCCAAAUGCUUAAAUGCAUUUUCUAUAUUUUUGUGAUAUGAAUUUGUCGUAACAAUUAUAGAUCUUGGUUUUUUUAAGUAUAUUGUAUUAUGGUGACGAAAACUUAAUACCGUUUAUAUAGAAGUAAGAGUCAAAUUUGGAAGUAUCACUGGCGGUAUAACAUACCAAGUACAUAAUAUAUUUAGUAUAGAUAAUUGUAGAUAUAUACUUUGUUAUAAAGUUUUAGAAGUAAUUUAUGAAUUGCAGCAUCACUGUACAUAAGUCAUGGGAUUGUAUAUAUAGUGUAAUGUAUAUAUAUCAGUUGUAGCAUCAGAACACCAUUUAUUAGUUGUAGGUAAACUGUACUAUAUAUUGUACAGUUAAAGCCUCAUAGGAUUAAAAUUCUAUACAGGUGGACGGAGAUUGACUUAAAAAGGCAAAAAUAAAGUAAAAUUUUAAUACAAUAAACUAAAGUUAAAACCUCACUGAAAUUUUUUUUUUAAUUCUUAACUUGUGAAUAUUGUUUACAAUUUUAGUAGAAUACAAAAAUGUGCUUAGUAUGUCAAUACUUCCACCAAUGCCAGUUGUUUGUCUGUGGCAGUAUUGCCAUUCUUGAAAAAGUUGCCAGUUUUUUACUUACAAAUAAAAUGGUACUAGGAUACAGACACCUGUAUAGUUUUUAGACUGUACUUUAUAUUGUAUAGGCAUAAGCGCCAAUGUUACAUAUGGAAUAAAACUAUUUACUCUAUCGAAACUGUGUUUAGUUAAUAGUUACCUAUUAGUUUCACAAACAAAGCAUUAUAUUUGGUGAUAUAACAUGACUACAUGCAAUGAUGCUAGAUUUUAUUUUAUUCUCAAACAUCACAAGAAAUACAAUUUUUAUUAGUUAGAGAGCACAGUCUAAAAUUUAAUUUCAAAAAUGGCAAUAACUAUUAAAUUUUUCUGUAAAUUUUAGCAAAACUUCAGUGAAACUCCCGCUUUUUUAUCUUUAUUAUUUUUUUAGUAUUGGAGAGAAAACCAAAAUUGCAAAAAAGCAAUUUUCUCGGAGCCACGAUAUAGUAGAAUUAUAUGAUUAAAGGACAUAAUAAUACGUCUUGUGUAGGAAUUUUAAAUUUUUUAUAGUUAACAUACUAAAAUUUUGCUAUCAUCUGAUGGUAGGGCUGGGAAUGUUGACAGCCACCUUAAGUCAGUCACAUAGAAAAUUAUUUGUUUUAAAACUAAUACAGUUUCAGACAGAAAUAGUUUUAUUUCAGUAUAUAAAGAAAAUCUGAAAACAGUAUUUACUAGAACUAUCCAUAAAUUUAGUGAAAAUCAAGCUAGGGAAACGUCGCGGGCGAUUUUAUUGUUAAUUAAAAUUAAACCAACCAAUUUAAGUUUAAAUUGGUUGGUUUAAUAGGUUUACAAUAAAUGUGAUGGUGUAUUUUAUCUGUUUCUAUGUUUCCUUUAUAAGUCGGAAACAAUAUUUAUUUCGAAAAAGACUAGAAUAUAAUGUCUAAAAUGAAAAAAACAACUACAAUGAAUUGAACAAAAUAACAUGUAUGGGUAAGAUUCUGAGUCAAGGCUAAACUAGACUUACAUAAGUCAAAUCCAUAUUUUGACACACGGAGCUGAUACUUACCCUAAGUUGACUUUGAGCUUUACCCAUAAACAUUCUAAAUGCCUUAUAUAUGUUCUGUCACUGUCAUUUAAAACACAUAAAUGAAACAAAUAUUUUACUUAUCAAGGAUUUAUACCAUAUAAGAUUUAGCACUGUUAUCUUUAAGAAUACAUAUAUUCACUAAUCCAGAAAAAUAUUAAAUUAAAAUUGCCUUAGUAUACGCUAUCGCGUUUAUUGUAAGCUUACGUCUAGAAAAAAAUAUGUAAAGAUAUAUAAUUGUAUCUAACAAUAAAAGACAGUGUUGCCAUCAGCUACCAAACUAGUCGCCAAGUUUUUAAUUUCUUUAAAGGGUCAUUGAUGGAACUAAUGUAUGAUUUAUCUCAAGUCAUUAAAAGCCCGAAGAAAUAUUUAUUGCAACAGUAUUACAAGUUCAUUUUGGCAUGUGAUAGGAAUCGAAACUCAUGUGAUAAUAGGUAACUUUUUUUUAAUACCGAAGGUUCAUUAUUCUUUGCGCAAUGCUUAUAACUCUUUAAAUUGCCAAAAUGUUCUUGUAAGACUACUAAAUGUAUACUUUUUCAUCAAUAUUAUAAAGACAGUUUUUAGUCUAUGGCUGAAAAUUUUAACAGUGUUGCCCGUUAAGAAAUCGAGACUUCACAGAGUAAACAACGCAGCAAUAACGCAAAUGCAGGGUAGUGCGCAUGAAUAUACAUAUUUUUAUUAAAACAUGUUAGACCUCACGUGUCACUAAGAAACUAUCUUUUCAGUUUUAAUUUUUUUAGAAAGUUGAUUUAAAAAAAAUUAUCAACAUUGAAAUUUAAACAGCAUUUUUGCACUUUUGAAAAAAUAUCAUUUUUUUUCUUUACCGCUCAAGGCGGAUCUAUCUAUCACUAUUAAACCUUAAAAGAUAACAAAAUGUUUUAAGCAUUUGUAUAUUAUGCUUUGAGUAGCUUCGAUAAAAUUUUAACUAAAUGAAUUUUAGCGGGAAUGUGGUGUAAAUUAAUCAUACUUUCCAGUGAAUUAGAAUAGAUGUAGAGAAUAUUAAGGUACAAAUUUAUAGUAGGAAUGAUCAGGCCAGUUUAGUGUUUUAAAAAGUUUAUUCAGACAUGAUGGCGCGUAGAUGCGAACAAUAUCGGAUACUCCAAAGCCUUUAUAAGUAAAUGGUGUAAUUUUUUAAACAAUUACGGCAAAUCUACUUUAAGUAUGUAAUUGUUAUAAAUUAUAUUUAUCAUGACAUAAGCAAAUUGAAAUACAACAUGUUUAAAAUGA